GAUCUGGAAGCUUAACCUUCAUUUCCCACCCGGAGCUUCGCCGGCUUCUAACCACGGCCGCUCUCGGUGAGGAAACUCUGGCCUCCGCUUCCUCCUCCUCCGACUCGGACACCGGCGGAGCGUCGCCGCCCCCGCGGAAGAAGCACCGAGCCUCGGCGGUGGAGGGAGCAGGAGAGCCCGGGGCUUCAGCAGUUUUGACAGGCCUUUCCGGAGUUGUCCUAGGACGCGGUGCACACUCUCAAGCCACCUCUGCCAUCCACUUUAACCGAAGUGUUGUCAACAACCUCAGCAGCAGUAUGCAGGCAAACGGGGCUGGACAAGGACAAGAAUCCUCGGAGCUCUCUUGCUUAAACAGCGCACAAAACGGGGAGUCCUCCUCGGUCGGAGGAACUCACUCAAAUGGGCUUCUCUCCAGCACAGAUAACGGUAAUAACGUCGGUACCAGUAAUGGAUCUUCAGUAGGGCCCUGCACGGGGACUUCGGCUGCUUCUACGGCCUCGAGUUCGGAGGUCGGCUCGUUGAAAAAGAAGAAACGACUAACGCAGGCGGAGGAAGAUGUCAUACGAUUAAUAGGGCAACAUCUCCACGGACUAGGACUGAAUCAGACGGUGGACCUGCUGAUGCAGGAAUCAGGCUGCAGACUGGAACACCCCUCAGCUACCAAGUUCCGCAACCAUGUCAUGGAGGGGGAGUGGGACAAGGCUGAGAAUGAUCUCAACGAACUGAGAGCAUUGAUGCAUUCUCCCAAUGCUAUUGUGCGUAUGAAGUUCCUGCUGCUGCAGCAGAAGUACCUUGAGUACCUGGAGGACGGAAAAGUCUUGGAGGCUUUACAGGUCCUCCGGGGAGAGCUGACGCCACUCAAGUACAACACAGAUCGCAUCCACGUACUCAGCGGGUACCUAAUGUGUAGCCAUGCUGAGGAUCUUAGGGCCAAGGCAGAGUGGGAGGGCAAGGGCACGGCUUCACGCUGCAGGCUGCUGGAUAAACUACAAACAUACCUGCCUCCUUCUGUGAUGCUGCCCCCUCGUCGACUGCACACCCUGCUCCGGCAAGCAGUGGAGCUGCAGAGGGACCGCUGCCUUUAUCAUAACACCAAGCUGGACAAUAACCUGGACUCAGUCUCUCUCCUCCUUGAUCACGUCUGCAGCAGGAAGCAGUUCCCAUGUUACACUCAACAGAUUCUGACUGAGCAUUGUAAUGAGGUGUGGUUCUGCAAAUUCUCAAAUGAUGGCACCAAGCUAGCCACUGGCUCCAAAGACACUACUGUCAUAAUUUGGCAAGUGGACCCGGAGACCCACCAGCUGAAGCUGCUGCGAACCCUGGAGGGUCAUGCAUACGGCGUCUCCUACUUAGCCUGGAGUCCCGAUGACACCUACCUGAUCGCCUGCGGACCGGAUGACUGCUCCGAGCUCUGGCUCUGGAAUGUUCAGACGGGGGAGCUGCGGACCAAAAUGUCCCAGUCCCAUGAAGAUAGUCUGACCAGCGUGGCCUGGAACCCUGAUGGCAAGCGCUUUGUCACUGGAGGACAAAGGGGACAGUUUUAUCAGUGUGAUCUGGAUGGCAACUUGUUAGACUCCUGGGAGGGUGUGAGAGUGCAGUGCCUGUGGUGCCUGAACGAUGGCAGGAUAGUGCUGGCCUCAGACACCCACCAGCGUAUCCGGGGGUACAACUUUGAGGACCUUACGGACAGAAACAUAGUUCAGGAGGACCACCCUAUCAUGUCUUUUACUGUUUCAAAGAACGGAAGAUUAGCUUUGUUAAAUGUAGCAACUCAGGGAGUGCACCUGUGGGACCUUCAGGACCGGGUGCUGGUAAGGAAGUACCAAGGUGUUACCCAGGGCUUCUACACAAUCCACUCCUGCUUUGGAGGACACAACGAAGACUUCAUUGCCAGUGGCAGCGAAGACCACAAAGUAUACAUCUGGCAUCGGCGUGGUGAACUUCCUAUCGCUGAGCUCACAGGCCACACGCGCACCGUUAACUGUGUGAGCUGGAACCCGGCCAUCCCAAGCCUCAUGGCUUCUGCCUCCGAUGACGGCACAGUACGCAUCUGGGGCCCUGCACCCUUCCUCGAAUCACAAGAGGCAGAUGGGCUCAACGAAAACUGCAGUCACAUGGACAGUUGAUGGUCACUAAUAGAGCAGAAACCGUGUCUCUAACAACAAACAACAUCCCACAGUAAAACACAAUGUUCAUGGGCGAAGAAAACCCAGCAUCCACAUAUUGCAAGAGAAGAAUAACCAACAAAAAAGAGAAAACAUACGGAAGAAAAUUGUCUCCUGACUGGCCUAGAAAAAAAUAGCGAGUGUGAAGACGGACCGAAAACUCGUCUUCAUCCGAAAUCCGAUUCUGACCUAAAGGCCUGAUAAAUGAGUCGGCGCCCAGCGGGAUACUCCCUGGAGAGCUGCAAUGGCUGUUCUCCUCUUCCAAGCAAACCCUUCUUCCUCCAUGUCCCUGCGUGGUCACCACCCAUGCCAGAUCCUCACAAGUUUCCCAGGAAACCCACCUCCACCUGGAGCUUGGAGCACAUCAAGUCCCCGUGAUGCCUCCAGACAGACACCGCAGAUCAGCCGUCUGCUCACUGGACUACAUCUGUGUGCCUGUCUGUCUCUCACGUUACCUGUAUAAUGUCUCCAUGGACUUGGGGUGGGGUCUUGCUGGGGGAGGAUGGUGCAUAGAGGGGGGAUAUAGCAACUAUUCUGUAUGUAUGUUUUCCUCUCCCCCUCUUUCUUGCUAUAUUAACAUUCAAUCUUUUGGACAAAGGCUGAAAGUCCACAGUGGAAACAUUGACCGACCAGCUGAAACACAGACAAAAAAAAAAGGCUAUGCUAAAUGUUGGAUUUUUUUUAUGAUAGUCAUAGGGUUUAUUCUCAUUUAAGAGGUGAAUCUUAGCAAGUAGUGCCCUUGGAAUGCUUUAGUGUGAAGAUUCCACUUUUUGUUUCUCAACAUUAGGAAAAAUAAAACCUUUUUAUUCCUUAAUUUAACUGCUAAAGGACAGUUGCUGUUCUGUUUCCAACUGACAGUACACCCCCCCACCCCCACACCGUCUGUCGAGCUAGCUACCGCACAACUCCAUUACAUCUGCCUAAGAGGAGGACAGAGGAACUCACAGUUCACAUAUCAUCUGCGAGGAGGGAGGGGUGGGUCAUUCGUUGUUGAUAAGGUGGCGUUUCCACUAUCAAGACAUACACUUUGACCUUUCUCAAGAGACAUGCUUUCAGAUGUGAAAAGUGCAACUUUUAAUGCACAUCAGUGACUGCUGUUCCUCCUCUGUGUGAGUGUGUGAGUGAGAGUGAAUGAGCGAUUAUGCAUGCACACAUUAGUAUGAGAGCUGACGUUACUGAGUGCAGAUUUAAUUGGCGUGUGCUUUGUGUGUGUGUGUGUGUGUGUGUGUGUGCGUGCGUGCAUGUGUGUUCAAUUCGCACCAGCAGAUAAUCCCCCACCCUCUCUCCAAUUCUCCUAAUCCCAUGUUAAAAUUGUAAAGAGGAUUUUAAAACCAGUUCUGAGUUAUCCAAAGCCCCAUAGGGACCUCUAUCUGUGGAACAAAGAAUACUUGAGAGCCAUUUUGUAAAAGAAAGUCAUUUUGUUUGUUUUGUUUUUUUUAAUCUGGGGCUUUAAUUUUUACAUUCAGAUUUCUUUCUCCUUUUUUUUUUUUUUUUUUUUUUUUCUCCCUACCACGUGGCAUUUAAGCGACACUGAACCAGUGACAUCUGCUUUUUGUGGGUUUGGGGAGGAGAAGGAAAUUACAAAAGAGCAAUUCGAGCGAGACAUGUUUCUAAAAAGCUGUAAAGUGUUGUUAUUAGCAAAGAGUAAUUUCUUAUGAGAAGUUAAUGAUUGUAAUUAAUGGACGUGUAGUAGGACAGCCCCAGAGAGGAGAGGCACCAGUACCCAGAUCCACGCUUUGAGCGCACAGUUAGGGAGUGUUGUUGCAAUCCUGGAAACGCACACAAACUGCCUUCCUGUUUAUACAGUUGCACACAAACCUUCACUAUGUACGCAACCCCCCCCCCCCCCC